AUGGCCUUGGUCCUGCAGCUGCUGCUGCCUCUGCUGCUCUCAAAGGUUCAGGGGAAUCCCGAGGUUUCCCUGAAGGGCAACCCUGGGGACCGGGUGAAUCUCUCCUGCAUAGGGGUCUCUGAUCCCACCCGCUGGGCUUGGGCGCCUAGUUUCCCAGCAUGCAAGGGCCUGUCCAAAGGGCGCCGUCCGAUCUUGUGGGCCUCGACGAAAGAGACGCCAACUGUGCUCCAGCACUUCUCCGGCCGCCUGCGUUCCCUAGACACUGGUAUCACGAGGCUAGAGCUGCUGCUGAGCGCCGGGGAUUCUGGCACCUUUUUCUGCAAAGGACGCCAAGAGAAUGAGAGCCGCACAGUGCUUCAAGUGUUAGGGGACAAGGCAAGUUGCCGGCCUUCGGGAUCUACUCACGGGUCCGAAUAUCCCAAGGUCCUGAUUCCGCUGCUAGGCGCAGGGCUUGUGCUGGGACUGGGAGCCUCGGGCUUGGUCUGGUGGCGGCGCAGACGCUCGCCCCCGCCCCCACCCCCGCCCCCGCCUGGACCACUACCCACAUUUGCUCUGUCCCUCCCUCCCACUCCAGUCAUAAAUGCUGAGCCACAGAAGCCUUUAGAACAGGAGUCCAAGAUCUCAGGACACCUGGACCAGGAGCCGAGCCUCCACUAUGCUGAUCUGGACUACUCUGUCCUUGGGAGGCACCGCCGGAUGUCCACAGUAGUCCCUGGUGAUGCCUCCACUGUCUAUGCGGUUGUAGUAUAAAGGGAAGCCCUUGUUCUGCCAACCCUUCCAAUCUGGGGCUUCCCUGUAUAACCUCAGCUAGAAGGGGGAGGCACCAUGGACAGAGGCACUAAUCUAGGAGCCCGGCUACCUGGCUUGCGCUCUAUGCCACUUCAGUGUUUUCAGCCUCUUCCAUCUCUGCUAUAACAUCUUUCCUUCUCCGCCGAUGCCCACUCUAAAGAUGAUCAAGUUGUCCGUCUUUAGUUUUAACUCCCAAAUAGAUAUCUUGUCUGUUCCCCUCCCUUUCUGAUCAAGCUUUUUUGUUGUUUUUCGAGAAGGGGUUUCUUUGCGGAUCCUUGGCUGUCCUGAAACCCUGUAGACCAUAGACCAGGCUAGCCUUGAACUCAGAGAAUUCACCUGCCUCUGCCUCCCAAUUUCUGAGUUUAAAGGCACUGCCUGGCCCAAUCAAUCAUUUUGAACUUUAGACAUAGACCUGCCUCGUUUUUCCUGCCUGACUGCACUCUCUCGGCUCAUUGACUGCAGCUGCUCAUCCACUCAGAGGUUGCCAGUGAUGUCCUACCAAGUGAUAACAUUCACCCCUCUUUAAACCAGGGUUUACUUUGUUGCUAUUGUCCUUGUAGAUGCCCUGCGGCUCUGCUUGCUUCUUUGUUUCUCCUCUUUACUCCUCUUCUAGGAAGCUAGCCAGUCAAUCCUCAGCCCCGAAAUGACACCCAGUAUUCCCUCCAACCCAGAUCUCAGACCUAGUACACUCUGUCUGGACAGCCUCAGGCAUUUUGCACAAGGCUGCCUGGGUGGCCUCAGGCAUUUCGCCCAAGUCCUGUCAAACCUGACCCAGUCAUUUCUUAAGUCAUCCCCUGGGUCUUCCUCUGAAAUCUCUUGAAGAACCCAAGUUGCCCAAGCCAUAAAGUGGGAGUCAGAGUACACCACCACCUUCUCUCCCACACAAAGACUUAUCAGGACGCCCCCUCCCGCUGCCUUUCCACUCCUUUUAAAGACAGGCUCUCCUGUGGCUGAGGCUGGCUUUGAAAUCCUGCCUUCCUUACCUCCACCUUCAGUGCUGGGAUAAGAGUGAUUGUAAGCAUGCACCACCACACAAGGCGUUGUCUGUAGUAGGUCACUGUCCUCUCUAUCUGUCUCCAUGCCCAAUGCUGCCACCGAAUAUACUUUCAUUAUUUGCUUCAUGGGUGACCCACAGACCCCUCUGAGCUUCCUGUUCUGCCCUUCCUAUUCAAAGCCAGAGAGAUACUGCCUGGUAUCAACCAUUGGUUCUCUCUCAAAGCUUCAGCUCUGGGGACGUGGGCGUGGGCUUUGCAUAUAGGCUCCAGCACUUGGCCCCCUCUUAGGCCUAGCCAUCAUUUUCUGUGUACACGUGCCCUCCUUAGAGAGUUUCUCCGCAAUGUUCUCCCCACAAUACUUGUUGACUCUUUGAAAUAAAUUACAUUUUCUUGAUUCCUUUUUCCUCUUCCUCACUUCCUGCCCAGAUAAUUUAUCCUCCAGCAGGAUGUCAUUCACAUGUAGCUUUUUCUGGGAUACCCUCACCCCAAAUGCUUGCCUACUCCUGCACAACAUUUGAUGCUCUUAGAACCCCUCUGGUUUUUCCUCAUAGAAACAGACUCCAGCAAAUAAAUCACCCCAUUACAACACGUCUGUCAGAUUAUAAGAAAAUAUCAGAAAGUAUGAGUUUCCCUUUUGAUAUCACUGUUGACCUGUGGGACAUGAAUGAGAGUCCUGGAAAACAUUCCUUUCUUCUUUACCAAAUAAAAGCCGGCUUGUCAUCCACCA